AUGCCUGCUACACUGUCUUCGGCUCCAACGCCAUCUCCUUCGUCGAUUGUGUCGACCAUUCUUGCUUCACAGUCUUCCAUUCCCACGGCUUCUGCGCCGUCCACUGCGUCACCGCCUAAGGCGUCGGAGACAUCUUUUUUGUCGAUCCCGGAUCGACCUGUGAAUGUGUGUGCUUUGCCUGGUGCGGUGUGCCCUGUGCGUGUGCCUGUGCUUCGGUGCCCUUCCGAUGUGCAUCCGCCGGCCGUGCCUGUGGCUGUGCGGGCGCCCGUGCUUCGGUCCAGUUCGCCGAUGCGUCCACCAGCCAGGCCUGCCCCACCUAGAAAGAAAGAAGGAAAGAAAGGAAGAAGGAAAGAAGGGAAGAAGGAAGGAAAGAAGAAAAGAAAGAAAGAAAGAAGGAAGGAAGGAAGGAAAGAAAGAAUAAAAGAAAGAAAGAAA